AUGCUUGGUGACUUGUUCAGCUUGAAGGUUUUCUUCAUUCUUUUGAGAGAAACUUUUGAGUCCGCUAUUGUGAUAUCUAUAUUGUUAUCAUUCUUGAAGCAAAAUUUUACUAAACCUGUUCAGAAUGAAGAUGGUGAAGUUAUAGAUCAUGUUUUGACCAUAGAUAAGAAAGUAUACAGACAUUUGAAAGUCCAAGUGUGGCUGGGCGGGUUCUUUGGCUUAUUUAUUUGUGGUUUAAUAGGUGCUGUUUUCAUAGCGCUAUUCUACCUGGUGGGGGAAAAUUAUUGGUCCAAAUAUGAACGUAAUUGGGAAGCCAUAUUCAGUAUUCUUUCAUCAUUAUUUAUUUCCCUUAUGGGGCUUUCAUUACUUAGAGUUAAUCAAAUGCAAAAGAAAUGGGAAGUUAAGCUAGGUAUUAACAUGAAGAAACAAUUUGGAAAUGAACAUCAACCAAUUGUUGACGAUGAAGGUACAAUACUCAGUGAUGAAGCUGAUAUAAUAGCACAGCAAUCUCAUGGACACAAGCAACAAAGAAGAGGGUUGAAAUACUGGUUCAAUAAGAUGACUGAUAAAUAUCAACUAAUGAUCUUACCAAUGGUAACAUUAUUAAGAGAAGGUCUUGAAGCCAUUUUUGUCGUUAGUGGUGUUUCUGCUUCUGAACCUGCAUCUACGUUACCAUUAUCUAUAAUAUCUGCAUUGGCUCUUGGGUCUUUGAUUGGGUGGUCUAUCUAUAAAGGUGGAAGUAAAAUGAAAUUACAGAUUUUUUUGAUCUUUUCAACCUGUUUCUUAUAUUUGGUUUCAGCUGGUCUUAUGUCUCGUGGUGUUUGGUUUUUCGAAUUAGAAGAAUAUGUCCAAAGAUGUCAUGGUCAAGAUAUGUCAGAAGUUGGUACUGGUCCAGGUUCCUACGAUGUUACUAAUGUUAUAUGGCAUGUCAACUGUUGCAGUGGUUUAACUGAUGGUGGUUGGAUGUUAUUGAAUGCACUUUUCGGAUGGACAAAUACUGCGACUUAUGGAUCAAUUAUAAGUUAUAACGUUUAUUGGAUAUUUAUUAUUGUUCUUUUGAAAAUCAAGUUGUUCCAAGAAAGAAGGGGUUAUAUUCCAUUUAUUCCUAUCAAAUGGCAACUAAAGAAGAUUGCAAAAAGAUAUGAAAUCAUUAAAUUUAAUUUACAACAUAAUUCCAAGUACAAAUACCCAGAAGUCGAGUUACAAGCCGCGCCAGGAACUGUUCACUCUAAUGGAUAUAGCAGUGUACAUACAGAUGAGUACAAUGCUAAUGACCAAUCCCCUACAAGAUUGAACGUUAUUAAUGAUGAUACUAGUGAAGCUACAUCAAGUUUAAUUGGUGGGCAAAAGUAA